UUGCAAAUCGACUUGUUAAACCAAGGUUGAAUUCUUUGAAAACACACAUACGGACCGCGUUAAAACGACAUAAGGAUUUGUUGGGAUAUAAUUUGGCUGCACUUAAAUAUAUUAAACGUGAUUGGGAAAACAAUAAUACUGCAGAGUUCUUUGAUGAUAUACCUAAGAACGAAGAAAUGAAUUCUGG